AUGCAAAUGAAUGCUCUUGAGGAACUUGGGAAUGAUGCCUACACUAGCUCUCUAAUUUAUGAAGAGAAAACCAAGAGUUGGCAUGAUAAGAGGAUCAAGGACAAUAAAGAGUUUCAUGAAGGGAAAAAGUCAAGAUGGGACGAUCCUUUUAUAGUGAAGAAGGUGUUUCCACAUGGUGCUAUAGAGUUAUUUUCAAAAGAUGGUACCUCUUUCAAGGUCAAUGGACAUAGAGUGAAAAGGUAUGAAGAAGGAGUCCCAAGAAAUGAAGACAUGGAAGAAGGGCUAUUGCUAGAAGGAAAUGCAGCAACGUAG